AUACCACCGCCCAAGCUGCACGUGACACAUGGCGUAAUGCCGUCACCGGAAUAUGUGCCGCCCUCUCAUUGUCUGCUGGUAGAAGCUGCCGCAUGUCCCUCUGCCCGAAUUGAACACUAAUGAACGCUUGUGGCCUUCCGUGGGCUACUCACAAUACAACUAUCUUCAUAUUCUUUUGAAUCCUCCCAGUUGAAGCCAUAUUGGAGCUUCCGUAUGGCUAUCUCAUUAUCGGUUGAUUAUCGUCACUCCGCAUCGGAUUAAGAAGCCCACCCCCUCCUCAAUCGAACAAUAUGGAUACCGUUCAGAAAGAGCACGAGCGGCUGCUCAAGAAGCUGAGAGGCUCGCAGGGUAUUCAGAAUGUGCAGUCCACGAUAGACUUGCUCCAGUCGGCUCGGGAUACGAUCGCAUCUGAUCCAACCCAGGCGUCGAUUACUAUGGCGAAGCUCCAGAAUCCUGUCAAAUCAUCCUUCGACUCUAUCAACGACAGUCUCAAAGAAAGCCAUAGCAGUCUUAACAAAUACAGCAAAGCGCUCGACAAGUUCUUCAAAGACAGGCCACUCCCGAGCACCGAACAUGACGCCCUAUCCUCCCAAGAACACAUGAUCAACCGAGCUAUCGCAAUGCACCUUCUGCGAGAAGGCCAGUUCUCUGUUGCUGCAACAUUCCUCUCCGAGUUAGUCGAAACGAAAUCCCGGAACUCACAACAAACGACGGAAUAUAACCCCGCGAACGAGGCGACGAGCCUCCUCGAUAUAAACGAAGCUCCGUCCGACCAAGUCCGGAAACAGUUCGUCAAAAUGUAUUACAUACUGCAUGAGCUGAAGGAGAACAAAAACCUGCUGCCGGCUAUAGAAUGGGCAAGGGAGAACAGAGACGCUCUAGAGACAAGAGGCAGCAACCUCGAAUUCGAGCUCUGUCGGCUACAGUUUAUCUGGCUCUUUAAUUGCGAACAAUACCCCGGGGUACCCCUUUCCGCAGGACGGCAGGCGGCUCUGGAAUAUGCCAAACGCGAGUUUCAUGUCUUUUUGCCUAGAUAUAUGCGGGAAGUGCAGCAACUGAUAGGAGCAAUGGCGUUUUGCCCGAACUUGCAAAACUCUCCUUAUCGGAAUAUUUUCAAUAACCCGACCGCCUGGAGCGACGUCUCUUUAUCGUUCACGCGCGAGUUCUGCUCACUGAUGGGCCUUUCAGCGGAUUCGCCCUUGUAUAUAGCUACUACUGCUGGUGCGAUUGCUCUCCCGACAUUACUGAAGCUGCAGACAAUCAUGAAAGCCAAGCGGACUGAGUGGACGACGCAAAAUGAGUUGCCUGUCGAAAUCCCACUUCCACCAUCAUAUCUCUUCCAUUCUAUUUUCGUCUGCCCCGUGUCCAAAGAGCAAGCGACUGACCAAAACCCACCGAUGAUGAUGCCUUGCGGACAUGUGAUUGCAGAGGAGUCACUGAAACGGCUGUGCAAGAGCAGCCGGUUCAAGUGUCCUUAUUGUCCAAACGAGAGCCAUCCUGGCGAAGCACGAAAGAUAUUUAUGUGAUUUGCGUUUUGAUUACACGAGCAGAACAUUGCAGUUAUGCCAAGGGCAUGGGAGAAGCUACCGUAGAGACUUCCCACUAGCAUUUGAGACUGGAUACAUGAUUUCUAUUGCGGUGUUAUGGGUUGGCGUAUUGGAUUGGGAUGGAGUCUUGGGUAUAUAAUCACUUACUUGCACAUAAUGGAAAGGUCACUUCUGAACUCACUUAUCUCUGCUUUCUGUGCACUUGUGGGGAUGCUUCCGUUUGUCACAGUUAACCAUGCUCUGGAGAAAUGCUUCUUUUCUCGUCGCUAGCCCUCCUUAUCCAUUAUCAUUUCCAUCCAAAAUGCAACUCCCCUCUCUCCUC